GCUAUCCUUGUUUUCACACUUCAUCUGCACUUCUUCUCUUUUUAACUUUAGCUUCUCUGAAUAUGGCUGAAGCCUUACUUGGAGCUGUGUUUGAGAAUUUACUCUCUAUGGUUCGAAAUGAAUUUGCAACCAUUUCUGGAAUCAAGGGUAAGGCUGAAAAGCUGUCACGCACUCUAGAACUGAUCAAGGCUAUUGUAGAAGAUGCUGAGGAGAAACAAAUAACUAACCGAUCCAUAAAGGUAUGGCUGCAGCAACUCAAAGAUGCUGUUUACAUUCUAGAUGAUAUCCUUGAUGAAUGUUCCAUAGAAUCCCUUCGACUUGGUGGAUUGUCCUCUCUGAAACCAAAGAACAUCAAGUUCCGCUAUGAGAUUGGCAAAAGGCUGAAAGAUAUUACAAGGAGAUUUGAUGACAUUGCUGAAGGUAAGACCAAGUUCCUUCUACAAGAGGGUGUUAGGGAAAGGCCAGCUGAAGUAGCUGAAUGGCGCCAAACCAGCUCAAUCAUUCCCCAACCUCAAAUAUAUGGACGACAAGAUGAUAAGGAGAAGAUUGUGGAGUUCCUUCUCAGUCAAGAACGCGACUCUGACUUCCUUUCCGUCUAUCCCAUAGUUGGUUUAGGUGGAAUGGGGAAAACAACACUUUCUCAGAUGGUCUACAAUGAUAAUAGGGUGAGUGACAAUUUUAACCCAAAGACAUGGAUUUGCGUUUCUGAGAAUUUCUCUGUCAAGAGAAUUUGUUGUUCCAUUGUAGAAUCUGUCACAGGAGAAAAAUAUGAUGCCUUGGGUUUGGAUGUAAUAGAAAGAAAAGUGCAAACACUGUUACAAAGUAAAAGAUAUUUGCUGGUUCUGGACGAUGUGUGGAACAGAAAUCAAGAAAUGGAAUUUGGAUUAAGUCAAGAGAAAUGGAACCAGUUGAAAUCUGUUCUGUUGUGUGGAUCCAAAGGUUCGUCUGUUUUAGUAUCCACUCGUGAUAUGGAUGUUGCAGCAAUCAUGGGAACAUGCCAAGCUCACUGUUUGCGUGGUCUAUCUGUGGAUGAUUGUUGGUUGUUGUUCAAGCAAUAUGCAUUUGGAGCUAACAAUGAGGAGCGUGUUGAGCUUGUAGCUAUAGGCAAGGAGAUCAUAAAAAAGUGUGGGGGAUCACCUCUUGCAGCACGAGCAUUAGGAGGUCUCUUACACUCAAGGAAUGAGGAAAAGGAAUGGGUUGAAGUUAAAGAAAGUAGGCUUUGGAAUUUACAAGAUGAAAGAUGUAUUUUUCCUGCCUUGAGGUUGAGCUACUUUCACUUAACUCCAACUUUGAGGCAGUGUUUUGCAUUCUGUGCCAUAUUUCCCAAAUAUACAUUCAUCGACAAGGAAGAUCUGAUCUUUCUUUGGAUGGCCAAUGGGUUUAUCUCAUCUAGGGAAAACAUGGAGGCAGAACAUGUUGGUAAUAUGAUUUGGAAUGAAUUGUAUCAAAAAUCAUUCUUCCAUAUUAUCCAUAUAAGUGAUGAAGGAGAUACUACUUUCAUAAUGCAUGACCUUGUCCAUGAUCUUGCUCAAUCUAUCAUGGGGAAUGAAUGUGUGAUUUUGAAGAAUGCAAACAUGACAGAUUUGUCUUCAAGCACACACCAUGUUGUUUUAGAUCCUAGUUCAGAAAAGUUAUCAUUCAAUAAAGGAACUUUCGAGAAAGUUGAAUCUUUACGAACAGUAUAUCAGCUACAAUUUUCCAUUAGAGAAAUUUCGGCAUGCUUCCCAACACACCACGCUCUUAGGGUAUUACGGACACGUUCUUUCAAUCUAUCACGACUCGGGAGUUUAAUUCAUUUGAGGUAUUUGGAGCUUUGUGAUUUUGAGAUAAAAUCCUUGCCUGACUCAAUUUGUAACUUGCGGAAAUUGGAAAUCUUGAAAUUGAAAGAGUUGCGCAAACUUAUUUGUCUACCUGAACACUUGGCUUGCUUACAGAAUCUGAGACAUCUUGUCAUUGAAAAUUGUGAUUCAUUGUCAUGUAUGUUCCCUAACAUUGGAAAAUUAUCCUGCUUGAGAACAUUAAGCGGAUACAUUGUCAGUUCAAAGAUAGGGCAUAGCUUGGCAGAAUUACAUGAUUUAAAACUGGGAGGAGAGAUGCACAUCACAGGCCUCGAAAAUUCUGGAAGUUCAUAUGAAGCUCAAGAGGCCAAUUUGAAAGGUAAAGAGGACCUCCGCGAAUUAUGGUUGACAUGGAAUAACAAGUUUCAUGCUACUAACCCCGAUCAAGUACUUGAAGCGCUUCAACCUCACUCAAAUCUUAAGAAGUUGAGAAUAUAUGGCUAUGCGGGACUAAAAUCUCCGAGCUGGAUUGGAAUGCUCAACAAUUUAGUUGAUUUUCAACUUCAUCAUUGCAAUGAAUGCUUGCAACUUUCAUCGCUUGGUAGACUUCCAUCUUUAAGAAAACUUAAAUUACGGUAUGUGAAUAAUAUCCAGUGUAUGGAUGAUGAUGAAUCUUACAAUGGUGUGGAGGUGAAAGCUUUCCCGUCUUUGGAGCAACUCUCAUUAUAUGAUUUACCCAAGUUAGAGAUGUUGUUGAAAGUGGAAAGAGGGGAGAUGUUUGCCCGUCUUUGUAGUUUGCGAGUUAGAAGGUGUCCUAAACUUGAGUUGCCAUCAUGCAUUCCAUCACUUACAAGCCUCUAUUUAUGCGAGUAUACAAAUGAGCUACUGAGGUUUUUCUCCCGUUUCACUGGUAUUACCUCCCUCUGCCUUAAGAAUGGCCAAGAAGACCUGCCAUCCCUCCCAGUAGAAUCACUGGCUUGUCUUAAAAAUCUGGACAUAUAUGCUUUCCCAAGAUUAAAGGAGUUACCAGGUGAACUCUUCAACAAUCUAAUCGCUUUGGAGCAUCUGGAAAUCCGUCGGUGUGAUGAGCUCGAGUCUUUGCCAGAGCAAGGUUGGGAAGGUCUUCGCUCCCUUCGAACUCUCCACUUUUCAAAUUGUGAAGGAUUGAGAUCCUUGCCGGAUGGUGUUCGACACCUCACUUCACUUGAGACUCUAACUAUUUGGGGAUGCCCAACAUUGAAGGAGCGGUGUAAAGAAGAAACUGGGGCGGAUUGGUACAAGAUAGCUCAUGUUCCACAACUAGAAAUUAAAUGAUGAAGAAGCAGGCACGUUUUGAAGUGUGCUGACUUAUCUUAUCUGCUUCUUCCACCACUGCUUUCAAUUUGGAUGUGGCACUCUUGAUACCAUGUGAGAGUGAGUGUUUGGCUUGCUGAAUCCAUUCAAAACAAUGUUAGUGGACAGAGAACUUUUAAUCUUCUUCUUCA